CCAGUAUAAACUGUUUUACCCUGGGCCGUCUUGCCUCGGCUGAUGCGUGUAGUGCAGCAGGUGGUUUCAUAACGAGUAGUGUGAGUUAUAGCUGAGAUGAUUCACAUCAGUACGCAGCUACACAUCAAAUGACAGGGGUUUUUUUUUGCUUUGAAAAAGUCAAGUUUUUAAUUGAUUUAACUGAUCGUAAUUCACAUUCACCAAACCACGCUUGUUAGCGUAGCAGUGUGUCAGGAAGCAACCGUAACAUUCAACACACGAGCAAAAUAGUGCUCAUGUUAGACUUAAUGAAUAUAUUAUAAUGAAUAACAACAUGGGUGAGGUUUAAAAACCAUUUAAUGACUCAUUUAAUAAACCCCGUUGUUGUUGUUGGUGGUGGUGGUGGUGGUGGUGCACUCAGACAUUCAGUCCUGACAGUAUAAACUUCAAAAGUGUUAAAAUAACGCUGUGCGUUGUAGAACAUUAGCAUCUUACAAACCUAAAAUCUAAAGCCUCAAGAAGGCAAGAAACUGGAGCACAAUGCAAAAUUGUGAGGACUUGUAUUAAUAUAUUACAAAAAAAAACAUUACUACCUUUACCUGAGUAUUUAUUAAAUAUUCACUUCACCAAGUUCUCUUAAAAUAUAUCAGAAAAAAGGAAAUGUUUACAUAUCCAUAGCUCUGCACCAAUAGAACAAUACCACAUAUAAAUAUCACCUUUUUUAUUUUAAUUUAAUCUUUAUCUUUUUUUUUUUCUCCCCAUAAAUGUCUCACUGUGUAUUGAAUUGUAAAAAGUAAUAUUUUGGAGUUUCAAAAGACCAAAUUCUGCUGCUUUUUCCCCCUCAUUAAUUUAUUUAUUUUAUUUAUUUCUGUAUUUUUAAUGUAAUUCCCUGUUUUAUGUCACACGAAUCACAUUUGAUAGAUUAAUUCAUUAAUAACAAUACUGUGCAACAAAGUUUAUUGUAUAGCUAAUGAAAAAUAUCGAGUCUAAUUAAAAAUAAAAUAAACAGAAUACAAAAAAAAAAAAAGAAAAGCUUUAACACUCUUUGCUCUGUGGAAAGAUGCAUUAUCAACCUGAAAAAAUGACUUCAUCACCAUCAAACCUAUAUUCUAUCAAUGAAAUGAGAAAAGUGUCCCAAAAUGUAAGUGUACACCUGUGUAAUGAUUGUUGAGGUCCCCCCUAGUCCUUUACCUGACAUGAAACCCCAGAUCAUAAAUGAGUGGGGAAAUGUGAUAGUUUUCUUCAGGCAGUCGUCUAUAUAUUUCAUUACACAGCACCGGACUAAAGUUCCAGCAUCAUCAUCGUGGCCAAUGCAGAUUCGUGAUUCAUCACUGAAUAUCACUUUCAUCCACACUCCAUGAUUGCUUCUCUUCAGCCCACUGUAACCUGUAACUAACACUUUAGGUGUUAGUGCUGGUUUUCGGUUGGCUUUUCUGUAUGUAAAUCCCAUUUCAUUCAGCCGAUGUCUUCCAGUUCUGUCACAAACAUUGACUCCUGUUUCCACACUUUUGUUUUUCAUUUGUUUUGUUGUGCGUCUUCUGUUUUCAAGGCGUAUUGGUUUGAGUUUUCUGUCCUGAUGCUUUGAUAUCUUCCUUGGUCUACCCGUAUGUUUUCCUUUUAUAACCUUCCCAUUUUGUUUAUACUUGCACCAAAUUUUAGACUCCGCUGACUGGGAACCACCGACAUCUUUUGCCACACUCCGUGUUGGAUUUCCUUCUUGAAGUAGUUUUAUCAUCCUUUCCAUUGUUUCAAUUGAGUACUCUCGUGUUGGGGCAAUGUUUCCUUUGAAAAAGUACAAGGUUAAGCAUCUUCUGCAUAUUUGAGCCCUUUCCAACAGCGACUAUAUGAUGUUCAGAUCCAUCUUUUCAUACUGAGGAUGACUGAGGGACUCGUACACGACUAUUACAAAAGUAUGGCUGAUAAACUCCGAGUACUAAAGCAGCAGGUUUGCUGUUCCAUCGACGAGGCCAAGGACAAACUCCAUGGACUAGGAGACGCGAUCUGGAACCAUCCAGAGCUGGCAUAUGAGGAAAGACAAGCCCAUGAUACUCUGGUCCGCUUUUUCACACAGGAGAAAGGAUGGUCUGUGGAGGCACACUAUAAACUAGAAACAGCUUUUCAGGCCACGUGGGGACCUGUAGGUGGAGCAGAUGGUGAGUCUGUUGUUAAUGUGGGGUUCCUGUGUGAGUACGAUGCUCUGCCCGCUAUAGGCCACGCAUGCGGCCACAACCUGAUAGCAGAGUGCGGAGCUGCAGCAGCAGUGGGCCUGAAGGCAGCGCUGGAGAGCGGGGAGGCAUGGCCUGUGCCAAUCAAGGUAACUGUGUUGGGGACUCCAGCUGAAGAGGAUGGAGGUGGGAAGGUGGACUUGCUGCAAGAAGGAGUCUUUGAGGGUCUGGAUGUGGUGUUUAUGGCUCAUCCCUCGCAGGAGGAUGCUACCUACAUCCCAGACGUGGCAGAGCAUGACCUUGUAGUGAAGUACCAUGGACGUGCAUCUCAUGCAUCAGCAUAUCCCUGGGAAGGUGUAAACGCUCUAGACGCGGCCGUCUUGGCCUACAGUAACAUGUCUGUACUCCGCCAGCAGCUCAGACCUGACUGGAGGGUCCACGGUAUAAUAAGGCACGGAGGUGCGAAACCCAACAUCAUCCCCGACUACAGUGAGCUGGAAUAUUACUUACGCACCCCUUCACACCGAGACCUGCCCAAAAUCAAAGCCAAAGCUGAGGCCUGUUUUCAAGCUGCUGCUCUGGCCACAGGAUGCAGGGUUGAGCUUCUGUUUGCAAGGAACGAGUUUUAUGAAAUCCUGAGGAACCACACUUUGGAAGGCCUGUAUGAGGAGAAUGGGAAAUCUCUUGGCAUGAAGUUCAUUACUGUUAAGGAUUCUUCUGGCUCUACAGAUUUCGGGAACGUGACUCAUGCAGUUCCAGGGAUUCACCCUUAUUUCUACAUUGGCUCUGAGGCGCUGAAUCACACCAGAGAAUAUACAGCUGCCUCUGGUGCAAAUGAAGCUCAGUUUUACACACUCCGUACUGCCAAAGCUCUGGCCAUGACGGCACUGGAUGUGAUUUUCAGCCCGGGCGUGCUAGACAAAGUCAAAAAGGAGUUUAAAGAGGCCAAGCUCAGAGAGGAGAGAGGACUGAGACUGCAACAGGCGAAACACGGGGAAGCGGAGACCAACAAAGAAAUAUGAACCAGCCACAGUCUAGACGGCUUAGUUAGAAGGCCUAAUACCUAUAGCUUUUACAAACAUUAGCACUCUUUAAAUUGACACAUUAUUUUGAGUGUGAUAUUUUUCGAUAGAACGUUCCCAAAAAAUAUAUCACAGUAUACGUUUGUCAGGAUGUGAUCUAGAAAGUGACAGAAACUGAAUGAAUAGCUACACAGUAUCGCAUAUACUGAAUUUCAACUUUAUCUAAAUUACUGAUGACAAUAAAUUCAUGCAUAUUCAUGCUCUGUUCAUUUGAUCACAUAGACACUUUGUGAUGAAGGUUUGAUUAUUAGCAACACAGUGUCUUUUAGAUCUAUGUAGUGAAAUUCAAUAAAUAAAAUCCAUCAUCUU